AUGACGCUCAUGUUUACAAUAAUCCUGUUGUGGAGCAUCUGUUGAUAAGAACAAGUUUUUCUGUGACAGAAUUGCUGCAUAUGCGUAGGCUAUUGUUGACAUGGUUCAAUCUUUAUAUGACAACUAUUCAUAGGAGGAAAAUGUUGUGUACUUUUCUUCAACUGAUGCGAUUUUACCAAGGCGUAGGUAUGCCACGUCUGCAAGUUUCUGUGGUGAUCCAUGGACACGGGGUUGUCUGCCACAGCCGCCUCCAAUACCAAUGACUACCAAGUUUAUGCAGUGGUUGGAUGGAGGGCAUGAUUAUCAUCUGGAUGGGUAGUGUAUGGUUUUUGCACACGGUACCAAGAUUUGUGAAGGUAAAUGCUCUAUGCAUGAAGGAGCAGAUCAUGGGAAUGGAAGAUCUUGAUCAUGAGGUUGCUACUCUUGUGUUGCGGAGAUUUCACCAGCUUGACAGUGCUGUAAGGAGCAAGUGCCUACAUGUUAUGGAGGGAAGUUCUUGAACCGGAUUUCUCGACGCAUGUUCUUGCCGGGGAGAAAGUUGUGCAUAUUAAGGUUGUUCAGUGCCAGCUUGCAAAUGCGGCACAUGAUAUUACUUCAAGUAGGAUGUUUUUCAUUCCUGCUACUCUCGAUCAAGGUUGGGCUGUCUAUAUGUGGGACAUGCUGAGGAAGGAGAUCCAUGUUUUGGACCCUUUGUGUUGUCAAGUUGAAGGGGCAGAUCAACGUCAUAUGAUGCAUGAGGAGGUUGUGUCGCAGAUCCAUAAUGCGAUGUUCAGUUGCUUGAAUGAUUUUUUCGCAAAGUGGCAUUGCACAUUUGAAAAAUGGAAACGGAAGUUCCCGAGGAUUGCCAAUGAUGUUUUCACAAGGGACGAGUCUGGAAUUUGUAUGGUACAUGCAAUCAGGCAGUAUGACGGAGAAAAGAUGAAGUUGCCACUUACCAAGAAGAACAUUGCAAGCUUUCGGAAGUUGGUUGUGUUCAAGGUCUUUCGUUUAUGCGACGAGCGUGGGGAAUUUGUUGCUGAGAGUGUUCUGCGUGCGGCGUUCGAUGAACCUGAGGGAUGAGAAGUGUGAAAUGAAUGUGUAUGCUGAUGGGGUUUAGCAGAGAGGAGUGAACCAGAAUAUGUGCCUGACUUACGAGUACCUAUUUCCAAGACAGUUACUCAACUUCCAUCGCCGCUUGACAAUAAAUCCCAUGAUUUGAUGGAAUCAUGUGUCUUAAAUGUAUGGCAUUAUAUUAUGCCUCUCGUGUUAUGUAGGAAGAAUGUAAGAUUUUUAUGUUUUGUA